UCGCGGGCUACGGGUGGAAUUUGAGCCCCCUGCAGUAGAACAUGAUGGGGCGGGGGGGGCGAUGGGACGAAGAGGGAAUGCAGGCUGGGCCCACUGAUUAGGUGCCACUGACAUGGACCCUGGAGCAGAGGUGGAAGAAGAAGUGAUGGGAGAAAUAGGGAGAAGAUCCUGAUCCCGCCAACAGCUCUGCCUGUGGAGGGCUCCCGUGCACUGGCCUUUGUGGGAUCGCGUGGCGAGGCCUAGCUCCUGACAUUGAGACAGUUACAUCUCAAACCCGGUUUCCACAGGACGUGUUCCUGGCUUAAGAUCUGAAGGAUCCCAGGCCCAGCGAACACAUUCACAUCAGAUCAGCAAGGAGGCAGCUGCUGCAGGAAGGGCGGAGACCAGAUUCAAUCCGGGAUAGACACAUUGCUGAGCGAAGUGAAAGUGAAACUUAUUUUUCUCUUCCCGUAGUGUGCCAUGGCCGCAAAACGGGGGAUACAAGAGCUGCAAGAGGCUGUGAUCUGUUCCAUUUGCCUGGCUUAUUUUAACGACCCGGUGAUUCUCAAGUGUGGACACAACUUCUGCCGAGCCUGCAUCACUCAGUACUGCCAGGAGUCCGACCCCUCCCCCCGGUAUCGCUGCCCUCAGUGCAGAGAACCCUUCCGGGAAGGAGAAUUCCAGCCCAACCGGGAGCUGAGGAAUGUCGUUGAAAUAGCCAAAAAAUUCCCAGCGCCAAGGGGGGAGAGAGCGUGUGAAAAACAUGAGGCGCUUUUGCAACUCUUCUGUGAAGUGGAUCAAACCCCGAUCUGCCUGGUGUGCAGAGAGUCCCGCAGCCACAAAGACCACCCCGUGCUUCCUAUCGAGGAGGCGGCCCAGGAUUACCAGCAGGUCACCAUGAGCGAGACCUGCUGAGGAUCAGUGAGACAGAUAAAGACCGCAUGCUGCAU